CACAACAUAGCGCAAAAAUAUGUCUUGUGCCAUCUUUUCAUGCCGCCUGGUUUGUUUGUCAUUCGCUCGAGUGAAUGAGGGGGAUUUUGGGUUUUCUAGCCGGUCAUAGAUUAGUUGUAAAUGUCACGGUUCCGGGACGAGAACGUGCAGCGGAAGUGUGAAUGUUCAAACAGAAAUAAAGAAAACGUUUUUCACAACAAAACGAUGUGCAAAAAGACGUAAAAAUCGUUACUAAAAAUAGAAAAUUUAAGUGCAAAGCCAAAAAUGAAAAAUACUAAAGUGAAUAAGAAAACAAAAAUGUGUUUAAAAUUCAAAGAAUUUUGAUAAAUGUUUCAAAUGUGAUGUCAUUAGUUAAAUUAACACAAAAUUUAAAAAAUCUGUUCCAGAGUUUUAAUUUGUUUUGUUACGAAUCAACAUCAACAACUGGUUAAAUAAAUAUCACUCUCAAUAUGAAGCUUAUUUAAUACUUAAAAGAUACAAAAGGUUUUUCAACCACAAAAUCGUUCAACUUUCUGCACUCAAUUAGUGUCAAGAAGUCAUUCAUCACAUCACACACAAGAGACAAUUAUUUUAUUAUGCAACUUGAAGGACAGCUUGUGAAAUUACCAGACAUUAAGUGUAUGUUUGUGCAUGUGUGUGUGUUGAGUGCUAAAAAUAACCAAAAGUUCGAAUAGAACGAAAGAAAUACAGAUAAGUGAAACGUGUGUUUUUCAUAGUAUAAACCUCCAAAGAGAAAAAUAAAGAAGCAUUAAAUAAAAUGCAAGCGAAAAUAAUAAAUAAACUUAGUCUAACAUCAAGGGAGGAGAGAACGCAAAUAGCAUCAAGUGUGGCAGAAGCCGCCAACGAAUUAUCAUUAUUGGAUUGGGACAACAACAACAAUAAUAAUAACGAACAACAAAACGAAGAACAUCAACAGAUAAAGUGCAACACGUUGUUAGAGUUUAACACUAUCAAAACGACAAGCAACAACAACAACAAUAAUAAGAAGAUCUGCAACGACCCACAGGACGACACUGAUGACAAAGACAACAUCAGCAAUUACACAGACUAUUCAUGUAACACUAGCCCCAGUGGGUGUAUGUCAGACUCCAGCUGUUUAAAAUCCGCCUGUUCCGUUUGUUCCAUUUCAACAGCAUGUUGUCAUUCAAAUCAUUGUCUAAUGUCGCCGUCAUCUAUGUCCGCAGCCUCGCCGUCAUCCGCCAUCACCUCCUCCUCCUCUUCCAUGUCACCGUCCUCUGCACUGUUAUUGUCGUCCACUAAGGACAACUCUAAUUAUAUGCACUGUGCGAAUAAUAGGAGUACUUGCAACAUGUACACCACAUCAGCGACGACUACCAUGAGGAUGAUGAAGACAACUAAAACAGCAAAAUCAUUGGCAAACAGCUGCAGUAGCAACAAUAACGAUUAUAAUGUCGCCAACAGAGACUGUAAUAGUAUCAGGCCAACGAGGCAACAAUUUAGCCAUAAUAAUAAUAACAACAAGAGCAACAACAAAAUCAAAACAUGCAACAGUUUUCCAUGGACUAUCAUCAGCAACAAGAACACCAACAACAUCACCAGUUUAAAUGGUCUCAUCAAGUUUGCCAUUAUUUUCAUAUUCUUGGCAAUAUGUGACACAACUCAGGCAGCAUUGCGUGAUGUAAAUUUAUUCAUUGAACCACCUGCCGUACGACGCAGUCAAUCGGUCACAUUACGUUGCCUCUAUUCUCUGGAGGGUGCACCGCUGUACUCUGUGAAAUUUUAUCGUGGCCAAUUGGAAUUCUUUCGUUAUACGCCCGGCGAAUAUCCCAAUACAAAGGUUUUUCAUUAUCCCGGAAUAAAAGUCGAUGAGAGUGUUUCGAAUGCCACUCAAGUUGUUAUACGCAACGUGAACUUUGGUUUAUCUGGAAAUUUUUCCUGUGAAGUUACAGCCGAUGCUCCAUUAUUUUCAACCGCCACAGCAUAUGCUCAGAUGCAAGUUGUCGAAUUUCCUGAUAAACGACCCCAGCUAUUUACGGACCAUACACGAUAUGAGCCGGGUGAUGUAUUGCGUGCUAACUGUAGUACGCCACCAUCUCGGCCAAGAGCUGAAUUAAGAUUUACGAUAAACAAUAUACCGGUAUCUUCCGAGGAAACACAAUACAUUAGAACAGUUGACAAUUUAAUUGCGUCGAGACUGAGUCUAAAAGUGCAAUUGCAGUCGGUACACUUUGCUGCUGCAUCAGCCUCUGGCUCCAAUGCUGGCAGCAGUAGUAAUUCACACAUGAUAAAUGCCUUGGGUCCUGGCAGAACAACGUAUGCCGGUGGCUCUAAUGCCGGCGCCACAGGGGGUGCUUUGCUGCUGCGUUGUACAGCACAAAUUGGUGAUUUGUAUCAGGAAUAUAAAGAAAUUGAAUUAGGAACACCACAAAAGGAUCCAAUACCAGCCAGAGUAACGUCAUCCGGUGGAGGCUUUCGUGGAUUUUUGGAAACUUAUUUUGGGCCAAACUCAGCUGCUAUGCCCAAAAUAAAUUCCCAUCACUAUAAAAUGUUACUCGCAAAUUGCAUUCUGAUAUUGUGUCUCACAGCUGGCUAUCAAAGAUAGUUUAUUAAUUGAAAAAAAAAAACAUAAACAAAUGUUUAAAAUAAAGCCAUUAAGUUUUAUUGUAAAAUAAUAUUAUUUAUGAUGUUAAGGUAAUUUUACAUAAACAAAAAACAAAUAAUAAAAUAUAAAAUCAGCCUAAUUAGAUUUAGCAUAGAUUGAAAUAUUGUAUAAGCAAAUCGAGUGCAGUGCAAAGCAGCAACAAAAAACCUUUAUAAUUUAAUUAAAAUAUAUUAAUUUAAAUUUCCUCUUCAACAAAAAUAACAGAAUCACAACCUAUCACACCCGCCAUAAUAUUUAUAUUUCACAUAAAAAAUCGUUCAUGCUAUGCUUGUUUAGAUAAUAUUGCUAUUUAAUGAAUUAAAAUAAAGAGUUAUUUACCUGGAAAAAAUAGUAGGUAAUUCGUACAAAAAAAAAACCCUUUAAAGUGCAGAUUAAAGUCAGUGAAAAUAGUCCAUUGUAUAUACGGUGAGGAGUGUGGUAUACUUUAUCAAUAUAUUAUUGUUUUGUUUUAUUUCCAAUUUUAAAUAUAUAUUUGUUAAUUUACACAUGAUUUAUAGUCAAAUAUUAUCAUUGACAUUUUGUAAAUAAUUGCCAUUUUCAAAUGAAAUGAAAAAACCGAACAUGCACUUUAACGUCUAUACUAAACACUCUAUUAUUGAUAACAUUAAUAAUGUUUAAUGCUUUAAAAAUACUUUGUAUCCCAGCAAAUAUAAUUUUUAUCAUUCCCAAGUAAUUAUGACACACGGAUGCCAGUACUCUAGGUUAAUUUCAAAUGAAUUAAAAAGAAUAGAUGAAAACGAACAAUAUCAUGAGAACCGCUUUAUAAUAAAUCAAGUCGUCAUCGGUGAUCCAAAAAAGCAAAAAUUAUUUACCAUCAUUUAGUUAUGCCCUUCUCUUGAAAGUCAGAUGUAUUCGCCGGCAUGUUGGAAAAGCCAUCAUUAGAAACGCACACAAAAUGAUUUUUUUUAAAUUUUUCCAAUUAUUAUUGAAAAAAUGUUAAUCACACUUUUUGUUCAAUUUAUCUCUUUGUCGUGAGAUCCAUUUUUCGAGAAUUCUUUAUAGUUUUAUGCAAACAGUGAUAUCCUAGAAGCCCUUUUGACUAGAAUGAACGAAUCCCAUAAAAAACAACACUCCUUGAAAAAAUAUUUCAUCAUGUACUGAUGCAAAGCAACUCUCUUUGG